CUGUGAUUUCUACGGCUUUCUGCGACCUCUCCGCUUUUUCCUCUGUUUCUGUGUCAUUCUUCCAGCAGAUCUCGAAGAGAACCCUAUAGUUUCUCGAUUUUUUCCGUAGAGUAAAGGUUAGGUUAUUUCGAUGGGUUCUUCAUCAGGGCAACCCGAGUUUGAUUACCUGUUCAAAGUUUUGUUGAUCGGAGAUUCCGGUGUUGGGAAAAGCUCUUUGUUGUUGAGUUUCACGUCCAAUACGUUUGAUGAUCUUUCUCCCACAAUCGGUGUGGAUUUUAAGGUCAAAUAUCUUACCAUUGGGGAGAAGAAACUGAAACUUGCGAUUUGGGAUACAGCUGGGCAAGAGAGAUUUAGGACACUAACAAGUUCGUAUUACAGAGGAGCUCAGGGCAUAAUAAUGGUAUAUGAUGUGACACGACGAGACACAUUCAAUAAUCUAUCAGAUAUAUGGGCUAAGGAAAUUGACCUCUACUCGACUAAUCAGGACUGCAUCAAGAUGCUUGUUGGAAAUAAAGUCGAUAAGGAGAGUGAGAGAGCUGUCUCUAAAAAGCAAGGCAUAGACUUUGCUCGGGAAUACGGAUGUUUGUUUCUGGAGUGCAGUGCAAAGACUCGAGUCAAUGUUGAGCAAUGCUUUGAAGAGCUUGUUCUUAAGAUUUUGGAAACACCUAGUCUCAUUGCUGAAGGUUCGUCUGGAGGGAAGAAGAACAUAUUCAAACAAAACCCAGCACAGACAAGCAGUGCUUCUUCAAGCUACUGCUGCUCGUCUUAG